AUGACGUUCUCUCUCUCUCUCUCUCUCUCUCUUUCUCUCUCUCUCUCUUUCUCUCUCUCUCUCUUUCUCUCUCUCUCUCUUUCUCUAUCUCUUCUAUAUGGAACAUCCGAAAAUAUGUAUACAAAUUUCUUCGAUUUCUUUUCAUUUGAUUAUUAUAUCUAUUCAUGUUUUAUUGUUUCUACAUGUCUCUUCACCCUAAUCCAAAAUUCACUUUAUUUUCUUUCUUUCUUUCUUUCUUUCUUUCUUUCUUUCUUUCUUUCUUUCUUUCUGCGCCUGAUUUACGCAAUUUCAGAGGUGUUCACAGGUAGUUGUUUCAUAUCACUAUCUUCUUUUCCUUCGUUUUGUUUUCCCCACCCAUCUUUCUUUCUUUCUUUCUUUCUUUCUUUCUUUCUUUCUUUGCUUGAUUCACGGACUUUCAGAGGAGUUCACAGUUCGUUGUUUUAUAUCACAAUCUUAUUUUCCUUCGUUUUGUUUUCCUCCUCAUCUUUCUUUCUUUCUUUCUUUCUUUCUUUCUUUCUUUCUCUUUUCAGUUAUUUGAUUGGACGUUUCAUUAUCUAUCUAUCUAUCUAUCUAUCUAUCUAUCUAUCUAUCUAUCCUGAAAUACUGAUUUGA